CACCAAUCAUGCUGGCAGUUGGUGAGAAAAACAAAGCUUUUUCCUCAAGAUGUGGACAGAGAAGGAUGCUCCUUCUAAAGGCACAAAGAUUUACAAGAUUUUCUCACUUGUAUUUCUUGGAUUCCUAAAAUCUGGUGAAGUGGAGGCAGUGAACAUGACCAUCCCUAACACUCUGAUCAGAGGAGCGCUUGGAGGGGAGGCCCUUCUGUCAGUUCGCUACAGCAGCUCCAGCCUCGACCCCCCGGUUAUAAAGUGGCAACUUCAAAGGGAAAAGGCAGUCACCGUGGUUCAGUCUGUUGGAACAGACAUCGUUGGGACAUUGAGGCCUGAGUAUCAAGACCGCAUCCUUGUGUUUGACAACGGGACUCUGCUGCUCCACAACCUCAGACUCUCUGAUGAUGGGACCUAUGAGGUGGAGAUCUCCAUCACAGAUGAUAUUUUCCCCGGAGAGGGAGACAUCACACUCACGGUGGAUGAGCCUAUAUCCAGGCCAUUCAUCCACAUGGAGUCCUCAUCAGUGCUGGAGCUUACUGAAAACUUUGUCCUUAACUGUUCCCAUGACAACGGAACCAGGACCACGUAUAAGUGGUUUAAAGGUGGGAAACCCUUGACCAAUGAAUCGAGGUUUGUGUUGUCACCUGAUCAGAAGUGGCUGACCAUCCCCCGAGUGCUGAUGACUGAUGAGGAUAUCUACAGCUGCACGGUGGGGAACCCAUUGGGCAAUAUGAGCAGCCUGCCAAUCAGACUGGCCGUAUACAGAAGAAGCUCUGUCUACAUUAUCCUUUCCACUGGGGGAAUCUUCAUCUUCAUCACGCUGGUGACGGUGUGUGCAUGCUGGACUCCCACUAAAAAGUCCAGACAGAAAUCUAGAAAUUCCAGGAUUUAUGGACCCUCUUAUCACACACAGCUAAAACAGAGAGAUGAUGUGAGGGAGCAUAACGGGAUAAAAACUGUAACUUCUCUUUAUGUUCUCCAGCAAAAGGUACGACUGUCUCAUUCUGUUUUCAUUCAUGACUUUAAACAUUAAAUCUAUAACCAUUCAGGUUC